AUGGAAAGUACUUUUGAUUAAUUGUUGAGCUAUGCUAUCAUUGAUAGUGCCUACUUUGUCACUUAUCUAGCAGUGGCAACCUUUGUCUUCGUCAAAACUAGAUUCUCACUUGACUAAUUUUCUAAAAAGACCAUGAUUCUCUUGGCAGCAUCAUUAGGUCGUAAUAUUUCCUAUUUUAUUUUAUAUAUUUUAUUCUUAGUGAAAGUUGCAGUUUGGCUCUCAGCUGCUAUCUACUGGAAUAAUAUUAAGGAUGGAAAUACGUUUACCGAAAUGAUAAGAUUUGCCCCGGAUUUUUAUAUUGUGUUUUAAUUUACCAAAGAUUUUAAGUUCUUUAAGAAUAUCCGGUAUAAAAACCUAAAGCUAAAAAAUAAAUCUUGGACUCUUAAGGAUAAAAUGUAAUUCUAUGAGCAAAAUAUGAGAUGUAAACCUAUUAAAAAAAAGAGAUAAAUUUUAGUCAAGAAAGAUAAAAGUGAGUACUCUGGUGAAUCAUAACUUUUGGAAAGGAAAAAUUAUGAUACUGAAGAAAUCUAACAUAUAUUAGAAUAAACUUUUACAACUGGUUAAAAGAGCUUAAUCAAAGAUAAAAGUUUUAAUUAGACUAGUUCCCAAUAAUCAAAUCUAAUGAGUUCAGGAGAGAAAUCAUUGAUGAAGCAAUCGGAAAACGAAUCUGAUGAAAAUUAAUAUUCCCAGCUUAAAAAAUACAAAUCACGAGAAAGAAUAAAGAAAAAUAUAGAAAAGGCUAGCUAAAUUAGCAUGGUUAGUGAUGGUAGUUUCAUAAAUCCAAUUGGCACUGUAAUUACAUCCAAACAACAAGCAAAUACAACAGCUGAUAGAUAAUUCUUGCACAGUGUUGAAUCAGAUUCAGAUGAAGAUAAUGAUGGAAUCAACAACUGCUCCGAUCAAUUUAGUUUGUUUCUUUCAAACUUUGAUAAAUCAAGAGCAAUGGUCAUUAAAAACCUUCUUAACUGGAACUAUCUCACCAAGAGAUUCGUGCUUCAAAACUACAGAGAUUUCAUCGCCGUUAGUUUGAUAACUUCUUUCGCCACCAGCAAGCUCUUCGCUCAUUUUUCCAAGUCUGCAGACAAUUACUAUAUUUUGCAAAGAGUCUACACUCAUGAUGAGACUGAUAUUAACUUCAAAAAUCCAUUGAACAAGACUGACUAAGCAGUUAGAAGGGAGAAGUUAUUUGCUUUUAGAUAGCAUGUUCUUGAGAAUAGAGCUAAAAAGGAAAGAGAGUAAGAAUAAAGAAAUUCAAUUAAUUUCAAAUAGGAUGAUGCUAGAUGCUUAUAAUCAUUUAAAUGGGAGAAAUCACUCAGCAUGAUAGGCAGAAUAAGGACUGGUGUGAUUAAAGCAAGAUGA